UAAUAACAUGCCACAGGCAAUCAGUCAGAGCAAGCUGUCCCCUUUCCUCCUUUUCCUCCCCCCACUCUGCAGUAAACUCCCUCCCCUUCCCCUCUCUGGCCCUGCUAGCUCUAUAGAAGGGAGGGAGAAAGGCAAGACCCAAACAGACAGACGCGUAAAUCAGCAAGAACAGCAGCGGCGGCGGCAACUCAGCUCUGUGUUCAGUGUUCGCCAUGGACAGCAAAAUGCUCACCCUCCUCUCCCUCCUGCUGCUACUCGGAGCCUUUCGUACUACCAAAGGGAAGCCCAUCAGCUUGACCUACCGCUGUCCCUGCAGAUACUUUGAGAGCAAUGUGGCCAAGUCCCACAUUAAGCACCUCAAAAUCCUGACCAUCCCUGGCUGUUCUCUCCAGCUUAUUGCAAGACUGAAAAAUAGCAACAAACAGAUCUGCAUUGAUCCCAAGUUAAAGUGGAUUCAUGAAUAUCUGGAGAAAUAUCUACACAAGAAAGUCAAGAUGUAAGAGGCGAGCAUUGUACCUGUCUACAGGAUGCCUCACUGUAGAAGCCAGAGAGCAAAUAUCUCACUAUUAGGGAAUUAUGAUAAAGAAUCAUCUUUAUCACACAGCACAAAGCAACGCCUCAUGCACUUGAUUCUCUUCUUUGCCCAGAAAGCGUCUGCUAGUACUAUGUGAUGUAGCAGUAAUGUCUGAUUCAGCUUGAUUUAUUACAUAACACUCAUGCCAACAGCAGAAAGUCAUAUGAAGCCAUUUAAGUGGUAAAAAAAUACUCUUUAGGGUCAAACCACUUGUAACAUGCAGCUCUCUGUGGCCUUUUACUUUACUUAAAAGUAAGCAUAAGGAGCUCUGAUCCACAGCAUCUAUGGAGGGGAGGUUUAACCUCACUGGAAUUUCUCCAAAAUCCCCUCAAAUGCCAAAUUAAAAAAGUCCUCAAUGUCACCAAUCUCUUUUAUUAUUGUUUUUUGGUAUGCAGAGAA